UGCGUCGUUGGUCAAACAGCAAAUAUGGCGGCGCCCUGCAGAUGUUGGUCAGUGUAGCGGGGUAACGGCCACCCAGAUUUUAUUUAGACAUUUAAUCAUAUCCAGUGAAGUGAAACAGUUCUUCGACAUAACGUGUAAUGGCAGUCAGAUUGUGUGGGCGGUUUUUGAGGGACUCUGCUGUCAUCUCCAGACGAUUCUUCGUGUCUGCUCGACAGGAACCUCCGCAGUGGCUUCUCUCCACAGGAAAUGUUGCACGUAGCUGUGGAAGGAGUCGCUUGUUUAUCUUCAAUCCGGCCUGUUCUAUUACAACGGAUGCAUUUGUGAGCAGACUGCUGAAAGGCAGCGUUGCGGAGGCAGAUAACAGCCAUUAUCGCCUCCCUGCCUCUGUUCCUCCAGACAGAGGUGAACACAUGUCGUUGUUAUUGAGACAUCCUGAUCAGCCUGAACACGCCAAGGUUCUGAAAGUGGCUAUAAUUGGUUCGCCGAAUGCUGGGAAGUCUACUUUGUCCAACCAGCUUCUGGGCAGAAAGGUGUUUGCUGUCUCUAAGAAAGUACACACUACACGGAAACGAGCGCUGGGAGUGCUAACAGAAGACGACACGCAGAUUAUUUUACUGGACACACCCGGCCUCACCACACCGUCAAAAGUCAAAAAACACCAGCUUGAGAAGUCUUUGCUUUUGGAUCCUUGGAACACGGUGACAGAGGCCGACCUAAUGGUGGUCAUCGUUGACGUGUCAGACAGAUGGAUGUGCAGAAGGCUGGACUUUGAAGUUCUCAAAUGCCUCGCACGGCACCCGAACAUCCCAGCGAUACUUGUCCUCAAUAAGGUGGACCAGGUGAAGGUGAAGGACAAGUUGCUGGACGUCACAGCGACGCUGACAUGCGGCGUUGUAAAUGGCCGCAAAUUACGCAUCCGACCGGUAAUCAAGGCCCCCCCGGUGGAAAAGAGACCAGAGAGGGAAUUGGAGGAGUCGCAGGACCGGGACGCCAUCGGAGACGGUGCUGAUGGGGACGAGUCUGUCCUGACCAAAGAGCGGAUGAAGGUGCUCAUGAGCCAAAAGGGAUGGCCUCGCUUCAAGGAUGUCUUCAUGCUCUCAUCUUUGGACAGAGAGGAUGUGGAGACGCUGAAGAACUAUUUAAUGGUCACAGCCCAGUCUGGAGCCUGGAAGUACCAUAGCGAGGUGCUGACAGACCAGAGACCAGAAGAAAUAUGCAUCAACAUAAUCAGAGAGAAGCUUCUGGAACACCUGCCCCAGGAGGUGCCAUAUUCAACGACCCAGUCUGUUGAGCUCUGGGAUGAGGAUGAAAAUGGACAGCUCACCAUCUUGGUGAAAAUUCGCACCAAGAAAGAAAGUCACACGAGAAUGGUGAUCGGCACGUCAGGCCAGAUGAUCGCACGUAUCGCCCAAGAGACGAGCGAGCAACUCACGCACAUCUUCUUGAGACAGGUCGACCUGAAAGUCUCAGUCAAGAUGAAAAAGUGAUGAAUUUCAUUCUUUGGAAAGGCAACCGCAACUGAACAUUUUCAAAAGGUUGCAAAAAGUGUCUGGAUGGGGAAGCUGCAGUCGACUCCAGCAAAAAGUCAGAAUAAGAUUGAGAAAAGAUUCAACAUGGUGGUGACACUCAAGAAGCGGCAAACCAUCAGAACAGGCCCGUGCACCGGGACCCACCCGGCAAAAACUUUUGCAAAAGCCAUGCUCGUUCACGGUUUUGCAGGACUUCCAAGGUUCCACGAUGGACUAUACAAGAGACAAAAGCUUCAAAAUAAGACCGGGGUGGCAUCAUAAUGGUAUCGUGGUUAGCCUAUCUGUCUCGCUCUUCUGAGGUUUUGGGUUCAGAUCUCAGUUUGCAUACUUAGCACCAUACUUGUGUGGGUUUCCUCCGGGUACUCCGACUUCCUCCCACCUUUCCACUCCUCUCCACUCGCCUGUUCGAGCCAUUGAAGACUCCAAUUUGAUCAUAGUUGCGAAUGGGUCUUUGUCUCUACGUGGUCUGCAAUUGACUGCCGACCAGUCGGGGGGGUGCCCCGCCCAUUUGCCAAAGUCAGCUGGAAGAGGCUUCAGCUCAUCAGAGAAAAAGAAAACUAAUCAUAAUCAUAAUAAUCAUAAUGGUUGGAGGCUUGUACCUCAUAUUGCCACUGCGCAACAUGUGUAUUUUGAAGUCAUCUUAAACACCAAAUAUUAAAAUGGCCUUAAACUGAAUUGCAGUGAGUAUUUGUCGAAGUCGAAGGCAGCCUUCAUUGGACGUUAUCGGCUUCUGAUAGUACUUUGCUAUCGUGUUCACAGUCGAGCGGCUUUGGGGAGCUGAUGGUUUAUCAGCGGCUGGCAGGUUUCACCAGACGCCGCCUACCGUGCUCGCGCACAGCACACGCGCUUCUAACGUCAGUGAAAACAAAAACAGGAGCGCUUCCAAGGGAAUUAAUGGAAUUGGGGGUAAGGGGGGGAAUGAGCAAAUUUAUAAAACACAAUAUAUACACUGCUAUACAAAUUUUGCUGAAAUUCUUCACAGGAAUUAAUACAGUUAAAGCCAAAAUGAUUUGUACUGUGGCCACAUUUUUGUUAAAGUGGGAUUGUAUUUGCUAAAUAGCAAUUUUUAUGUGUGUGGGGGGGGGGGAUUAGCGGUUGUAUUUGUUUUUUUAAUUAGACUAAUUUUUAAAAAUCUCUUCAAGUCAGGCUAAAUGCAUAAAAGCCACUCAAGUAUGGGGAAAAGGUGUAAACGCCACGCAACCAACAUUCAAACCCAGAACCUCCUGACUGUGAGGCAGACAUGCAGACCACUCGCCAACUGUGCUUACCCCAAACAACAAAUUUGUACAUGACCUCAAAUUUCCAGGAUUUUUAUUGUUUAAAUGUCUACAUCACCACUUCUGAAGACAAGACAAGGUUGCGCUCAAGAACUUUAUUCCACUUCUAUACAAAACAUAUGAAGAAUCUUUUUCCUUGAGUCUCGCGGUCCAGAUGUUAAUGAGCAAGAGCCGUAGAACCCUUACCAUUACUAAAACUCAGUAAUGGUAACGGUUUGACGGCCCCCCCCCUCACCGCUCUCUCUCUCUCUGAAGUGUACAUGCAGCGUGGGUCCAAGGGCGAGGAGCGAAUGACCCCCUGGAUAGUACAUCAUCUAUACUGUAGUGUCUUUUCAUCAAACUUACAGUAUAAGAUGAUAUCCUGUCCAAGGCACAAUCUUCUUAUGUGAGUUCCUCACAUGAAUCAAAUAUUUUCAAAAGCAAACACUCAAUCUUCAUGUGUACCAUACUCACUCAUUUGCGCAGGGAGCAUCUCCAUGCUUGUAUCCGGGGCCCCUCCCCAUGUGAUCCCCGCUAUUAGAAGGCUCCCACGAGCUCAUUAGCAUACAGUGAUGACACAAGGGUUGGACUCCCCCCCCCCCCCCUUAUCUGGUACCGACCCGCUUGCCACUGUCCACACCCUGUCUUCAUUUGCACAAAGAAAUAUACACCCAAAAAAUUGCAAUCAUUUCAAAUGCUCUUACAUGGCCUAAGGCAGUGGUUUCAAACGUUUUACAUGUAGUACCGCCAUAUUGCACUGCACUGUAUUAAACAUUGUGUCAACGGGCUUAAUAAAUUCUGUUCAUAUAUUUGUUCCAUUUGUAUUGUGUGUUUUAAGCGCGAAUUGUAUUUGUAUUUUUUUAUUUAGUGAUGCUUACGUAUGCCACUAGGGGAGAGCCUGCGUAGCACACUUUUAGAGUCACGAGCCAAUGCAGAAGAAAUUAAAUAGACUUCAUGUUGAAUAAUAUAAGUGAUCGAAGCCCCCAGAACAUAUUCAAAAGGAUGGAUUUG